AUGCUAAGAGAGAUCGUUCAGCUCUCCUCCGUGCAGAACUUCCCUUGCGUCCAGCGUCUGGUUGGCGUAGUUCCCGAGUACCUCACCAUUGUGACGCAGUACGCCGGCGAACCCCUCCACACCUGCAUCACCAAAAAACUCUACUCACCAAACGAGUUCAUCUCGAUCAUGCAGCAGGUGCUCAACGCCGUCAAAUAUCUGCACAGUAAACACAUCCUCCACCUGAAUCUCAAGCCUGCCAAAAUAUGUAUACUCCGAGACAAAGAAGGCGACCUACGGGCCACCCUGAUCGACUUCGGGUCUUCACACCCAGCUGGUGAUUGCAUACAAUAUUGGGACAACUCACCAACAACAUACCCGUCUACAGACCCACAGCUGUUCAACGGAGAGCCUUGCCACCCUACCAACGAUAUCUAUAGCUUUGGCUGGAUGUUGGCCACGCUGUUGCCACACGUGCUAGAAAACAAAAUCCCCGAAAACCUUGACUUAUGGGCGAAAGGUGCCCAACAUAAGGACUCAAAAAAGAGGCCAACCCUACUAGAAUUGUCGAACCUCCUUCAGUGUGUAUCGUUCAGACACUGA